AUGUCGACAACGCCGCAUCCUUCCCAACAACAACUGUCUUCUCCGUUGUUCAUCCCAGAGCUGUUUCAUCAUAUUACAUACUAUCUCUUGAUUGACACUACUCGAAGCAAACAGGACCAAGAUCUUAACCAACUUGAAUUUGGCGGAAUUGAACUCGCUGCCCAUCAUCAGUCCUUGCAUCAACAACAGAAGUAUAAACACGAAUACUUGUCUGAUCCUGCCGAUCUCUACCCCGAAAGGCUGCGCUUAAAACUUCAUACACCCGGACAAACACUCGUUAUCUGUGCACAAGUCUGUCGAUUUUGGUCUCAGCAACUUCUUCCGUUGCUUUGGCACACGAUCCGCAUCAACCAGUUUGAUAAAGUUGAGUCUCUCCUUUUAUCUGCGUUCAAGUUAACUACUCCAGCCUCCCUUGGAUCUGCCCUCUCAUUUCCGAAGGACGCCCGUGGAUCUCCUUACUGUUCACGCCGCUUGGAUACAGCUCUUUCCUCUCAGGAAGAGUCAACGUUUGUUUAUUCUGAAAACAGUUCUUUGAUCCACUCUUCAGCUCCGUCUAUUCCUUCUUCUUCUUUUCCACCACCCAAAACUACUCAUAGUACCUCAUCCCCUAUCAGCAGUAUUUCUGUGGUACCAGGACACAUCUCUGCUGGCAUAAUCAGCAACGGUCACCUCAUCCGUUGUAUCUAUCUAGUCAACGCUGACUCAGCCUAUAUAUUUAACCAUCCCAACGUCUCAGAGUUAUUGGAAUUUACUUGCACUUUAUUGCCAAGUAUGGAUAACCUGGAGCAAGUCGAGAAUAUUAUCGCUAGGAACAUCCAUAAACGACUGAAGCGACUAAGAAUUGGUCGGACUCUCAACCGUCGAUGCAGUUCCGAUACACAACACCAUCCUAACUCUUACCCUGUAAACCGCUACGGCAGCGCCGGUAAUAGCGGCAAUAUUACAACAAUACAUGACCAGCCUGAACCAUUGAUCCAUCAUAGUGGUAGUGAGACCGGAUCAGACUCAAGCUCAGAUGUACGACAUUCCCGAGGAGCAUCUCGUCAGUUUCAACAACGACAAAGCACACAUAGAUCUUCUCACAGAGCCCAUCGCUCCAACCGUUACCAUGCCAACAUUCUUCCUACAUUUCCUCACCCAGAAAGCAAUGCCCGUUCAUGUCCCUCUCUCCAAAAGGAUUUACAUUACUCUCCAUACAAGGCUCGAAGGCUUAAUCGUAUCUACUCCGACGGCGACCUUUAUGCUUCUAGAUCUCAAGUCCUGGAGCCAAAUGUCGAAACAAGCUUUUCUCAGCAUUUCUGGUCCGCUGAGGAUCACAGAGAUACGACAGUGGGGUCUGACCACCAGAAACAACAGCAGCAUUAUCCAAACUCGCAUGAUGGAACUUCAGCGAUCCGAAAUAUCCUUAUGGAGGGUAUUAUCCGCCAAGCAGCUCGACCGGUGCUCUUGACCCAUCUUUCACUGAUGCAGUAUGAAUUUAUAAUGGAAGAAUGGGUUGAGAUGAUGCAACUGAUGCCCUUACUACAAGAGUUGGAUCUAGACAUUAUCGCAAUAUUACCAGAAACAGCAGCAGAAACGUUUAGUGACGAGGAUCAUGUGGGCAGGGGAAGCGGUGGACAUAUAGCUUUACCAGACAGCUACCAUGCACAAACGCAUUACAGAGGGCAAGCUCAACCGCAGCAGCAUGAUAGGCAAAUCUCUUCUUCUUUACAUGAAAUGGACACUUCCCCAUACGACACCAUGAUGGAUGAGGCAGAGAUAGUUCAUGAUUCGACGCAAAAGAGCACAGUAGUAGAUGGCGAAAAUUAUUUCGACAUGUUAUUAGCUGAUGUGAAUGUUCAACAUGAUGCUACAUAUUCGACAGCAAGUGCCAGUGGCUGGCCUGGUAACAAUGCAAGAUUAUCCGCCGGCAGCAGCAGCAGCAACAGUGGUAGUGCGGGAGAAAGCUUCAGCAGUUUCCAGCGUCAAUUUGAAUAUCAACGACUUGUAGAUGACGACGAACUCGACGAAGAUAUUACCGAUGUCCGUUCAUCAUCAACACAUAAAAUUCAGUUCCAAUCUAUCCGAUCUUUAAUCUUCCGCGGCAAGAUCAUCAUCCCAGAGCUGCUUGAAUACCUUCCCAACCUUGAGAAUUUAGCAUUAGAGGAAGCUCCACAAGAAUCAAAGGAAUCAAGGAUGAUGGAACAUGCUGACCAUCAGAAACCCGCACAAUCAUUACAACCAUUCGCAAUCUCAGAACUGGGUAACAUGAUAUCAAAGUAUUGUCCCCACAUCUGUCGCCUUGUCCUAAAUGAACCCUCGCUUCAGACAAACUGCCGAUGGGCAUCACAUGUAUCACUACUCCUGCGUGCAAUUCCUCAGUUGCUUCACUUUGUGGCUGCAACGCAGUUAGUGAUCCAGAAUCAGGACAUUAUGGAGGCCUUGCUUCACUUCCAUGGAGAGCAUCUUCAGUCCUUCCUUGUUCUGGAUGAAUCCAUGAGCCCAGAUGAUGGAUUUUAUUCAUCUCAGCAACAACAGCAGCCGCAGCAUGACUCCUCCUUUUCCUCCGAGAGUGGCUUUUACCAUCAUCCACUCCACAAUGACUCCUAUGGCCAUGGUCAAUAUCAUCAAUGGGUUCGACUUCGUCAACUUUACCUUCAAGUAUUGGAAACAUGCCCUAACCUGCAGGUAUCGGACUGCAAGAUCCCAUUGCCCUUGCGCGACGUCAUUGCCUCCAUCCCGAAUUGGGCAUGUCGAUACAACCUUGCGGUUUUACGGCUUGAAUUCUCUGAACUGAGUGGUCCAGGAGUGAUGGAGAUGGAUAGUGAGGAAGAAGCUGUCAUGGAGAUGUUCAUCAAAAGCUUGUUUCUUCAGUCACGAAGAGUUGACCCCUCUUCUUCUUCUGCAUCUUCUACAUACACAUCUGACCCUGCUACAUCCGCAUCCGCACCCGAGUCUGGAUUGUCAACAAAACUCUCGUCGACUCCUACUUCUGAUUUUUUCGAAGUAACAGUCCCUUCCGAGACAUACCUAACUCCAACCUCUACCGCUUUCACUGCCACGAAUUCUGCUAACGCAUCUUUAGGCGAUAUUGAUGCCUCUACCAGUGGAAACCCGGAUGAAACGAAUUCAUUCCGCUGGCAGCAACAGCAACAACUUGCCAAGGCAACGGCGUUUCUGUCGACAUGUGCUAACUAUUAUCAAGUAGAAACGACUGGAAUAUUAAUGGCACUCCAAUUCUUAGUGGAGCACCAACUGUCGAUAAUGCCUAGUCUGGAUCAUUUCUUUCUUGGGAGCAAAAUGUUUCGACUCCCUCGAAGAAAUAUAGCGCCUUGCGUUGCGUGA